AUGACGAGUGCCAGUGGAACCGCGCUGCUCCGCUGCAUGCAGCCAAGUGCCGCGGAGCCGCAGUGGAACCCGGCCCUAAUACGAGUGCUUGACCCGGUCAUUUUUCCUACUAGUGAUGGUGCUGUUGCUGGUGAUGGCGAUGAUCCCGCAACUGUUGCUGGUAUUGCUGCUACUGCUGCUGGUAUUGCUGCUACUGUUGCUGCUACUAUUGCUGCUACUGUUGCUGGUGGUGAUGGUGCUGGUGAUGGUCCCGCAACUGUUGCUACUGCUGCUACUGUUGCUGCUGGUGAUGGUGCUUGUCCGGUUGUUACUGCUGCUGAUAUGCUUGUGUUAUCGAAUCAACAGCAGAGCGGUCGUGCUGUUAUUUCUGCAGCUGUGGAGCAGAUGAAUGUGACUACUACAAGGGCAGGAAUAGACACCGCUGCUCAGGUUCUCCCCCGGCCAUACCUCAGUCUUGGGGUAACAGUCCUAGGUGAUCUGAAUCCUGGCGACCUCUUGUUGUGUCCUGGACGCCGUGGUACAGCGUUCUUGUCUUCACUCUCCGUUGCUACUCCAGGCCCACGUGACCCUCGUGGCAGUGGCUCGAUAGGAAAGGACAGACGAGUGCUCGACCCGGUCAUUUUUCCUACUAGUGAUGGUGAUGGUCCCGUAACUGUUGCUACUGCUGCUGGUAUUGCUGCUACUGUUGCUGCUACUGUUGCUGCUACUCUUGCUGCUACUGUUGCUGCUGGUGGUGCUGCUUUUGCUGCUGCUGUUGCUGUCGCUGUUUUUGCUGCUGCUGUUGCUUUGCUGCUGUUGCUUCUCGCUGCUGUUGCUCUCGCUGUUGUGGCUGCUGCUGCUGUUGCUGCUGCUCCUGUAGCUGUUGCUGCUGCUAUCUCUGCCUCCUAA